AUGGAGUUCCAAAGAGGAGAGCGCGUAAACUUGAACUUCGAUACCGGUGCAGUCGAGAAGCUGGAUCAGGAAGAACAGCAUGAGCUCCCCAUGCCAUCAUUCCCCACUUUCGUGGGCGACAUCCAAGAGCGCGAAUCAUCACCAGCUAAUCCCCCAGUUGCGCCCUCGUUCAAACCGAAUGUGAAUGGUUUCCCGGCGCACAAGAAACGCGUACCCAGAGUAUCGGCUUUCAAACAGCAACGCGCCGCAAAGGAACAACAAGCUACCGCGCCACCGAAAGCGCCGGCAACGACGCAGGAUGCGCCUAAGCCGCGGAGCGCAUUCGGUGUGGACAGGGACGAGGAGAGAAGGGCAAUAGACGAGGAGAAUAGGCAGACGCUGGCGGCCAUGUCAGACGCGGAGAUUGAGCAAGAGCGACAAGAGCUCAUGUCAAGUCUCAAUCCAGCAUUGCUGCAGAAGCUGCUCAUGCGGUCCAAUAUUGACCAAGGGAGCAACGAGCAGGACUUUGAUACAGAGCCGCCAGCACCAGCAGCUACUGCUACCCCGGUGACUGACGAACCCAAGCCAGAACCUCAGCCAAAAACCCCAAGCACUAAGAGAGUCUCCUUCGCGACACCAGAACCCGAAAACGAAGCGCCGUCACAGCCAGCCUCGACCUCAAUACCCACCACGCAACCCCCGUCAGAUGACAACACCACAUCGACAGCCAUGCCCGAUACGAACGACUCAAUACAUUUCCCACAACCUCCACAACCACCCGAUCUCGACCCAAACGACCCCUCAUUCCUGAAGAACCUCCACGAGAAAUACUUUCCCACGCUACCCUACGACCCUUCCUCGCUAUCAUGGAUGUCGCCCAUCGACCCAUCCGACACAAAGUCGCCCUACCACCCCUCCCAAACCGCCUUGAACCCCGCCGAACUCCGCUUCGAUUUCUCGGGCAACUUGCUAGCACCCAGCGUCGCACGAUCGAUACCCACCGACCUGGGCCUCCACCACCAUGCCGAAGCUCCCGAGGCAGCAGGCUACACAAUCCCCGAACUCGCAGUUACAGCACGGAGUAAAGUGGCUAGUCAACGGUGCAUCGCAUACCAAACACUGGGUCGUAUCUUAUACAGAUUGGGGAGAGGAGAAUUUGGGGUUGAGAGCACGGAACAAUCUACAGAUGGGCCAGCAAAGGUGGCCAAAAACCCAGAGGUAGCUGAGGACGAGGAUGGAGAGGAGUGGGUGGAAGAGGAUGUUGGCAGUGCCAUUGCAGGCGGACUGUGGCAGUGCGUUGAAGAAGGGCGGGUGAUUGAGACCUUGACGGAAGAGGCGAAUAAGGAGAGGGGUCAUCUGACUGCACGCACAUUUGCUCAGGAAGCGCUGUGGAAUUGGCGGAGAGGUGGUGGGAGGAAGAGACAGGCUGUGUGA